AAACACAGACAUUCAAUAGAUACGAGCGAGCUUUCAUUCCACCGACGCCAGAGACAGAGAGAGAGCGUUCGGUCGGUGGUGAAUCUGGCCGCGAUCUGACGCCGAUCUCGCCGGAAACCAUGUCUUCCGGCAGGUACAUGGCCUACUCACCCUCUCCCUCCGCCCCUCCCUCUCCUCACCUCGGCGGCGCUCUUCGCGAGCAACAGAAGUAUCUAUCUGAGUUACUUGCAGAGCGUCACAAACUCGGUCCAUUUACACCUGUACUUCCUCAUAGUUAUCGGUUGUUGAAUCAGGAAAUAUUGCGUGUAACCACACUGUUGGGGAAUGCAUCAGUUUUAGAUCAAAGUGGGUUUGAACAUGCUAGCCCCCUAGCUUCAGGAGGAAUAUUUUCUAAUGGAGGAGCCAAUGUGAACAGACGGCCAUCACCGUUUCAAUCAGAAAUGUCAGGUUUGUUGCCGCCCUCAUCUGCACAAAGCUGGCUUGGUUCGCAAGGUAGCUCAUCUGGUCUUAUAGUGAAGAGAACAAUCAGGGUGGAUAUUCCAGUUGAUCAAUUUCCCAGUUACAAUUUUGUUGGCCGCCUCCUUGGUCCUAGAGGGAACUCCCUCAAGAGAGUUGAGGCAAGUACCGAUUGUCGUGUUCUAAUCAGAGGAUGUGGUAGCAUCAAAGAUCCUACUAAGGAAGAGAUCAUGAGGGGGAAACCGGGUUAUGAGCACUUGAACGAACCACUCCACAUACUUGUUGAGGCUGAAUUGCCAGUUGAGAUAGUUGAUGCACGUUUAAUGCAAGCACGUGAAAUACUGGAAGAUCUGCUCAAGCCCAUGGAUGAAACUCAGGAUUUCUACAAAAAGCAGCAGCUACGAGAGCUCGCAAUGAUCAAUGGUACACUUCGUGAUGAAGGUUCUCAAAUGUCUGGUUCUGUAUCCCCCUUCCACAACAACAGCCUUGGUAUGAAGAGGGCCAAGACUAGGGGCUGAUGGUUGAUCACUUUAUUAGUGAGCUUUUGGAGCUUGUGUGUUAGUCUCUGCCAUUAAAACAACAUGUCCCAUGCUAUACUUGUUGCUGGGCCUGCCAAUGCCUCCAACUGCCAUCGGGGCACUGGCACCGUGUUACGUGCCAGUUCUAACUUAGUUUCUAUAUAUAUAUAUGAUAUUAUGAAGCAUGUGUAUCGUGUGUCUGGAGGGAGGCUUAGUGACAGUAUACCAAGGUAAAGGGACAAUCCGAGUCUAAGGGUGUGCUUGUGUUUGUGUUGUUUUUAGGGCAGUUUGGUUAGAACAUUGUCCCGCCAAUGCUGUCUUUUCGUAUUGUUUUGGAUUUUAUUGUAAGCUUGGGAUGACAGUUUUGGUAUCGGUGGAGAGUCCUGUGAGAACUAAGACAUUAUUAUCAUUUGUGUACAUGAGUGAGGCAAAGUAGUGAUCUACUAACCCAGUAGUACAUGUCUCUGGGUUGGAGUGUUUUGUACUAUUUUCAAGUGUAGUUUGUUAUUUAGAUACUUUGAAAGCAUUAUUGUUAUUAUUUUCCUCAGAA